UGACCGAUUCGUCAGUCGUAAUUUCGCAGUCAUCCCCGUCAGCUUAUUCGGUUGCUGCAAAGUCCUUCGUUGGUUUGGAAAGAAUAAUGGCCUGGGACAGUCUUCCGCUGGAAAUCUAUCAGCACAUCUUCCGGAAUCUUAGCUUCUUCGAGCGGAAACCUCUUUCACUGGUUUGCCGCCGAUGGAACCAGGCUGUGUUCUCCCGUUUGCUGUCUCCCCGUUUGUGUAUAUUUUUGAGUGAAGCAAUGUGGUUAAUGGAUGAUAGAAUAUGUUUGGUGGAUGCCGAAGUGAUUGAAGCUAGCGAGCGAGAUUAUCCUGUGGUUUAUGUCAAGUGGCGCAGCGAUUCCAGUGCGGAGAAAGUGGCGUCAAUUAAUCGGAUGCUUACGGAGCUGGACAAGAAAUGUUUUCUGGAAGAGCUAAUCGUUACAGCACCCCUCGAAGCGUUGUAUGAUUUCUUUCAAGCGCAUCAACAAUUGUUGACGAAAAUUAAAAGGCUGCAAGUUUAUACCGCAAAAGAAGAUACUGAACCAAUUGCUGAUCGAUGCACACUAAAGAUGGAUCAACUAGAAGUGCUGCACUGGGAUGAACUCACAUCGGGACAUGCACGCAACGACGACCCAAUAUUUGUGAUAAAUGCUCCCAAAUUGCAUUCUGCGGUGGUAGAAUAUAAUUAUUACAAUUCCUGGCCUAAUAGUUGUAUGGAACUGAGUCAAUAUGCAAGUCUGAAGAAAUUUCAUGUUCAUCUAUAUCCGGAAAUGCGGACUGGUUUCUUCGAAAAAAGAUCGGAUGCCCUGGAAGAAAUAACACUUGAGAAUAAUGAAAAGCUGUCAUGGGAUUGGGAUAGAAUAUUCUCUAAUAUGCCAAAUCUCAAGUCGAUUAAUAUGACUAGUGUUGAUAAUGAUAUAUUGUGUGCGAUCAUCCGUCACUGCCCUCAGCUACGAACCUUUAUAUGUAGAAAUGUAGAUCUAACUGGGCAGAUUUUAUCUGUGGCCGGAAUAUUUCCACAGUUGCAGCAUUUUGAAUUGAAAUUCGCUCAAAUUCAUUCUACCAGACCUUUGUACCUUCCUAACCUGAAGUAUUUCCAAUUGUUGCAUAUUGAAAACUAUAAUGAACAACCGUUUAUCUUAGACACUCCAAUGCUUCACACACUUCGUCUUUGCGCGUUAAAAGAGUCCGAUGUAAUUGUAGCUCCAAAAACUUCACUCAAGUAUCUUUGGCUCGAGAUUGGAAAUACUGGCAUCCCAGAGCACUACUUCCAGCCAUUCCCCUGUUUGCGAAAACUGGAUAUAUUCGAUUACUCCUGGAGAUCAGAUUUGGUUCGACUGAUGCCUUAUGUUGCUAAAAUCACCGAAUUCAACCUGUCUGUGGACCUUGGACAAGGUGAUCCGGUACUGAUUGCAAUUUCAAAAUAUUGCAACAAUUUAUCUGCGAUGAACCUGUGUGGCAUUGGAAAUCUCGGGUUGGAGCUGUCUUUUCCGGUAUUUGCUCAAAUAUUCAGCAAACUGAAUCUAAAGUCACUAUCGGUAACCCGAUUGACCGUGACAGGCAAUUCGUUUCGGCUGCACAUUCUGCCCGGAUUGAAAAACUUGGAAUUUAUCGAGGUCAAAAUAAUGGACGUUGCGUUUGGAGCGGAUGUGUUCUCCUCCGACGAAUCGGAUCGAUUAGUUUACGACGAGCAUAACGACGGUUACAGCUACUGGUCCACGGAUCAUUAUUAUACGGAAGAAAAUAUCAUUGCUAGAGUCUGGGAAACACUGUGAUAAAAAUUAAAGAAUGCAAAAAAAAAUCUAAUCAUUUGUUGUAUUUUUUUUGGUUUAAAAUUCAGUUUAUUGACAUUUGUGUUAAUAUUUCAAUACAAAAUUUUCAAAACGACGUAUCUGCUUUUGUAAACAAAGAUUCAAACGUCGAUUUGACGAAUCUUAGAGCACUCUUACGCAAACCAACUGUAGGUAUUAUGAAUGGUAACACAAAAAUAAUGAAAUGAAAUUUAAAAAAAGGAAGAAAUAGGUUACAUUGAAUUUAAAGUGCAUAAUAUAAGACAAAUAAGCAUCGAGUUUUAGAUCGAACGAAC